AGAAGGACAAACGCGCGCGUUUCCCCACUCACACACCCACACGCGCAUCGGUCUCGUCGGUGUGAGGGGCGCUGGGUAGCGCCCUGCCGAGAUGGAGGAGAAGCCCUCCGCCGGCAUCAGGCCCCACCUGGACAAGCUCACCCUGGGGGUGACGCGUAUUUUGGAGACUUCACCAGGUGUUUCUGAUGUGACAUUAGUGGAAAAGAAGCCAGCUGAUCGCCAUGCAAUUAUUUCAUGGGAGCAAAAAAAUGCCUGCAUAUUGCCUGAGGAUUUAAAGAACUUCUAUCUGAUGACUGAUGGCUUCCAGAUGACCUGGAGUGUAAAAAUCGACGAUACCCCAGUGCCCCUGGGCUCCAUGGUGAUUAAUAGUGUCUCAAAGCUUUGUCGGCUUGGAGGCUCCUCCAUGUACACCGUGCCUAAUGCACCAUCUCUUGCUGACCUGGAAGGUGACACAGAUGAGGAGGGUAAUGAAGACAAACCAGAGAAACCACACUUUGAUUCUCGUAGUUUUAUUUUUGAAUUAGACCCAUGCAAUGGAAAUGGGAAAGUUUGUCUUGUUUAUAAGCACACUAAACCAGUUGUGUCCCCAGACACAGAGAUAUGGUUCCUAGACAGAGCUCUGUAUUGGCAUUUCCUCACCAAAACCUUCACAGCCUACUAUCGCCUGCUCAUCACUCACCUGGGUCUCCCACAGUGGCAGUAUGCCUUCACCAGCUACGGAGUCAGCCCUCAAGCCAAGGUGUGGUAGCUAAUUAAGUGCUUGCUUUCUGGACUUGGAGGCCAGCGUCCAUUUCCAUGACUGCUAGAGGAGAUGUAAAGUCAUUUGUCUAAGUGAUAUUUGUCUAGAUCAGCUUUCUAGGCAUAGCACCAAACAAGAUCCCACUGCUAACUAGGUGGAGAGGGAAGUCCAGGCAUACAUUAGACAGAAGCCCAGAGGAGAACUAUCAACUUCAGCUUAGCAAAGAAUACCAAUUCUUCUCCUGUCCUCAUCAGUUGCAAAGGAAUAUCUUGAUAAAAACGGUGCCUAGAAGAGUAAUUUAAAUGCCAGCAGACACAGAAGCACUCGUAAGAGAACUCCAAGUACAGACAGUCCAGACUCUCUAUACCAUUAAAGUAGCCAUCCUGUUCUGCCAGUAGCCUGCUUAGAGGUUCCUGUUUAUUCCUCUGUGCUUGAGUGGGCCUUCAGCCUUAACUUAGCUACUACCUUGUGUGAGCUGACACAGUGCAUGCUGGCAAGGCCUGGCAGGUCUUGUUGAAUGUCCUGCACUUAACCUACACAUGACAUGUUGCCUGCCUCAGCCCUGUGUGUGCACUGAAAUUAUUCGCUAUAAUCACUGUCGAAUUCCCUUCUAUCAGAUUGUCCCCUUGCAUUUCUGUUGUCUUCCCUGUCAUACUGUGCACUACCUUGUGGCCAGGGCUGUAUGCAUAGUAUAUUAGCACUUGUCUGUGCUCUACCUUUUUUGUAGUUUUCUUGCUAGAAUAUUUCAUUAUAUUGUGUAUUCUCAAAACUUAGCGAAAUUAUUCAUAUACUCUCUAAUCAUUUGCAGCCUUUGUUAGUUUAAAUCCUCCUAGUAUGUUAACCAUUAUUGUUUGCAAAGGUCUUUAGAGAUGGUACAUUAAAGCCCUUUGCCAUAAAGCAAUAUAUGAACAGAUUUCUAUUUAUAUUUGGUAUUGAUUUUUUGUUUAUCUUCUUAAAUAAUUCAGUAAGGAUGGCCUCAGAUUUGUAAUACUUUAACCCCUGCAGUUUUAUUUCAUGACUUCAUCAAUGGACAACUGAUAGGAAAAGCACUGAGAUGUAGGAUCUUCAGGGCAUAAUUGUGGGGCAUAUGGGAACAAAAAAAAAAAUCUUGUGGUCACCUCUAAACAUUAAAUCAGGCUGAAGAGAAACAAACACAAAAUCCUUUGUGUCAAGAGUUUAAAAAAAAAAAUCGUAAUAUCGUAUGUACGAAGAGAGUGAGGCAGGCUAUCUUUUGAGAAGUGCAGCUAAAAUUUAUAUUUCAUAAGCACUUUUUCAUUCCAGGUUUUUAAUCUUUUCUGCUUCUCUGAGCCUAGAUAAAAAUGGCCUAGUUUCAUCUCCUCCCUUUGCUUUUCCUCAUAUUAUUUAAGUGUUAUGAUGAUUAAGAGUUGCUCCUGAUAGGAAUUACACUGCAGGAAAAAUAGUGUUAGGUUUGUUUCUGGUUCUCCUCUUCCUUGUCUGGAAUGUGAGGCAGCUCCAGGGCUGUAUCCCUAUCAGAAGGGACUUUGCACAGUCCUGUAAAUUGCAAAUUGGUAUGCAGAUUAUGAUUAAAAUCAGGGCACUAGGAUGAGAAGAAACAGGCAGAAAAUGUAUAAUUAUAGUUUGAUGUUUAACUUACUCCUUCUCCAUCAUCCUGUCUUCCAGCAAUGGUUUAACAUGUAUAAACCCAUAACAAUAAACACAACUCUUCUCUCUGAA